CACUAUCAAACCAGACCGAUGAAACAUCCACGAAACUCGACAACACCAAAAUGUAAACAACCUGGAAGGGCGGAAUAAACUGGACUGUAUGACGAACCAACGGAAUGAAACGAAUGAAUUAGUUGGAUGUUGAACUUCGCGCUUCUCGAUCCGAUUGAAAGAAUCCCACCCACAUCUUCCCUCUCAUCCAUCAAUAAGCUAGCACAACAACACCAGUAACAUUGGGUGUCGCCAAAUACAACCAUGUCGGGGACAAAGCAGAUGGAGGUUGCUAUGCUUACGGAGCACCUUCGGUACACUCCAAUUACUCUCCUUGACGAUAUCAUCAACACCGUGAAUGAACUGGUCAACAGAGCCAUCGAUGCUGCUGAAGAAGGCCUUCUAGCAGCCCUACCGACCGACCUAGGCUUUUCAGAUAGCCCCGAAAUCGUGGCGAAAGGCAGCGAUAGCCCAAUUCAAUCCCAGGCUGAGAUAGAGGACGGUUCUCAUAAGCUCGAGACUCUGGUCCAGGCCAACGUCGACAAGAACUUCGAUAAACUGGAGCUUUUUGUUCUUCAGAAUAUCUUAACCGUCCCAAAAGACUUGGUACCGUGGAUACAACUUCCACACUAUGAAGAUAUCGAAAUUGUCGAAGAUUCCAGCAGGUCGGCCGAGUCCACCUUAGCACUCAUGCGCAAACUCCGAGAAACGAAAAAGUUGCAUUCCCUGCUAUCUACUGAGCUCACUCGGAAUGCUGCAUUGACCUCGAACCUUCAAGCCUUCCUCUCUUCUUCCGAUGACUCUCAUUUCCAAUUGGGAAACCUUACGAAUUCGCAAGCAGCUUCUGCCCUUGGUGUUUCCUUGACUCCCAAUCCCCUAGCACCCCAAGGAACGGAAUCUAGGAAUCAUAUAAAAUCGGGCCCCUUAUCAACCCACUCAUCGUUUGCUGUCGCUCAACUCCCACAUCUCCGGACUCUGCUUGCCGGCUUGAAGCCAAACCUAUCGGCAAUUAACGAGCUUCCAAAAUCUCAGAUCGAACAGUCCGCAGAUGUCCAACCGGGCGAUGCCCAAGUCCGUCGAAAUUAUAUUGAGGGUCGCGGUCGGCGGAUUCUGGAGUCCGUCGGUGUACCCGACCUAAUCGGAGGAAGUGGGCAAGCUUUGGGGCCGACAAUAGACCCUGAGGAGGUUGAAGCCCUUGAAGGAUGGAUAGGAGAGAAUGCAAAGGAGAAGCGCAACACUUGACGCAUGAGUUGUUCGGUCGGCGGUCUCAAUCAUGUGGGAAAUAUCCACGAAUUUCCUGCAUUUCGAGACUGCCAACCAAAGCAAAGGCAGCA